UCUAAUUUCUUCAUCUUCGCAUAUCUGGGAUCACCAUAGCCGUUACAUAACAAAUCUUCAGUAGGCUCUCUCUCCAUUCAUCUCCCAAGCACUUCUCUGCAACAGACAAACAGAAAAAAAUCAAUCCAACAUUUCAAAUAAUUUCUUAUCUUCCCCUUAAUUAAUUAAUCCAUCAUCAAUCAUUCCCAUUAAGUGAAUCCAAAUCCUUGCCUUUUCAAGCUUUUAUUUCCAACACCCAUGUUGCAACUUGUGCUUUUUGUUCAUUUUAUGAUAAGAUCAUAGAUCUCAACAAGUUUUCUCUGUAGAUUUUCACAUUGUAUUAUAUAUAUAUGUUGUAGAGCAGAGAGAAAAACUAGCAGGAUUUGAUUUGAUUUGAAGAUGACCAAUUAUGUAGAUUUUAAUCAGAAGAUUGAUUAUGUAUUUAAGGUUGUAUUGAUCGGAGAUUCAGCUGUUGGGAAAUCCCAACUCCUGGCAAGAUUUGCAAGAAAUGAAUUCUGUGUGGAUUCAAAAGCCACAAUUGGGGUUGAAUUCCAGACAAAAACUCUUUCUAUGGAUAACAAGACUGUCAAGGCUCAAAUUUGGGACACUGCUGGCCAAGAAAGGUAUAGGGCAGUGACAAGUGCAUACUAUAGAGGUGCAGUUGGAGCAAUGUUAGUUUAUGACAUGACAAAGCGCCAAUCUUUCGAUCAUAUGGCAAGGUGGCUAGAGGAAUUGAGGGGACAUGCUGAUAAGAACAUUGUAGUAAUGCUAAUUGGCAACAAGUGUGACUUAGGAAGUCUUCGAGCAGUGCCUGUAGAAGAUGCCCAAGAGUUUGCACAAAGAGAAAAUCUAUUCUUUAUGGAGACAUCAGCUCUUGAAGCAACCAAUGUUGAAACUGCUUUUUUGACAGUACUAACUGAGAUUUAUCGAGUUAUUAGCAAGAAAACUCUUUCUGCUAAUGAUGAGCAUGAUGCUAAUGGGACUUCAGGCCUUCUAAAGGGAACCAGGAUCAUUGUUCCAGUCCAGGAUCAAAAUCUUGGAAAGAAAGGUGGUUGUUGCUUUUCAUCAAGCUAAUUCUAACUUACCAAUUUUGUUUUUCCUUCUGAAAUUGUUCUUUAUUUAAUUAGGAUCUACUGUUUCGAACAAAUUCAUGAUGUAUUGUUUAGAAUGUGGGUAUCGAUGUUGUUGGAUGAUAGGUUAAGGCUGUCUAUAUGUUAUUCACAUUGAAUUAGAUCAUCGUAAUUCGUGGAAAGUCAUUACUUCUCCAGAUAAGUACAUGUAAAAG